AUGAUGAGUGAAGGUGGUAAAGUACCAAUUACUCGAGAGGAUGCCUUAGCAUAUCUGAAGAAAGUGAAAGAUGUAUUACAAGAUAAGAGGGAAGAGUAUGAUUACUUUAUGACGUUUCAUGAAGGAUUUCCGAGAGAAAAGAUGAAUAUCAAAUCAAAACUUCCAUUGGCGGACAAAAGCCCCCCUCCUAGGCCUGGUGGAUAUGAAGCAGCUACGAAUUUUGUGAACAAAGUUAAGGUAAAAUCUGUUGAAUGUGGAUUCUGUCAUACUCGGUUUCAUGGGAAUGAUCAUGUUAACGUUUACAGAUCCUUUCUAGACAUAAUGAACACAUUGAGUGAGGAAAAGAAGUCUAUUACUGAGGCUUACAAGGAGGUCUGUUUUCCAUCCCCUCAUGUUACAGCACUUUUCCAAGGCCAUGAAGAUUUUCUUGGUGAGUUGAAACAGUUUUUUCCGGGUACUUCAGGAGCAGCCUUUACUUAA